AUGUCUGUACAAGACAACAGCAGACCGGCGAGGACAGCCGGCACACCAGGCCAUGUCAGGGACAACUCGCUGCUUGACCAGCUCGCCGACAUGGACGAGCAAUGCAUUGUCGAGGAGGCUCAGAUCCUCCGGACAAAGGACCUCCAGCAAGACGACCUUACCACGGACGCUCCUGCUCUACCCCAACGCAGCACACUACGGGCCUCGCGAUUCCUCGACAACCUACGCCUCAACUCGAUCAAGUCUGCCACAGACUCCAUCAGCACACCCCAUGAUGUCUACCUGUCGUCAGAGGAGGAUGCCUCUUCUUCGGCCGACGACUUCUCUGGCGAGGAGCUCGAACUUGACGAGGACGAGGACGACGACCUUGUCGAGACCCCCGGAUCCACAGCGAGUUCGUCCGUCUCGGUAAAGUCGUCGACACGCGAGGUCACUGCUCGCGCGGUCUCGGUCGUCUUUGUCGGCAGACCCUCGAUUGUGGAGUUGUCUCCCAAGAGCAAGACAUUCUCGCCGCCACCAUCGUCACAUGGGCCCCAGAUCCCCAUGCGGUCGCCCAGCAGGGCUAGCUUCGCACCACGACACAGCAGCCUGCUCACAACGAAGCCCUCAUUCCUCGACACGGACCCUUGGGGCAAGGACCAGUUCCACCACAACAGCUCGUCAAUCCCCGAGGACGGCCAGGACUCGCCUGCCACUGCCAAGGCGCCGACAGCCGUCCUGCACCGGUUCCAGAAGUCCCUGAGCAUGGUCCGGAAGCGCAGCCGGGCGAACCUCAAAACUCCCACAGCCGAGUCGCCUCGCGAGGGUCUUGGUUCUCUGCACACCCGCAACGCUUCUUCCAUGACCCUCGGCAGCUUCUUUACACCGGGCAGCCCCGAGGAGGCUUCUCCUACAGACUCGGACUCGACGCCGGCCACGACUCCUCUUACAUCAACACGCACUCGGUCCAAGACACAAGCUGCUCCUACCACACCCGCCAGCCCUGCGCCGGCGAGGCGGGGGCUUCUCUCUAGCUUCAAGAAGCAACGGCGGCAGAGCCUGAAGAUUUAA